ACUAUUAUUGUCCUUCCACCAAAAAUUAUGUUUGGGACGAUUUCUGAAGAGAUUGAAGUAGCUGUGCCUGCCAGUGAAGCUUGGAAGGUAUAUGGCACGCUUCAAUUGGCCAAUAUUGUGGUCAAAGAGCUCCCUCAUGUCCUACACAAGGUUGAUGUAAUUGAAGGUGAUGGCGGUACUGGGACAGUCCUCAAACUAACCUUUCCACCUGGCACUCCGCUGUUUACCUAUUCCAAGGAAAGAUUUUCUGUUGUGGAUGAUGAGAAUCGGGUAAAAGUAGCUCUGGUGGUGGAAGGUGGGCUUCUUGAUCACGGAUUCACCUUCUUUCAGGUGCGCUUUGAUGUCAUAGAGAAGUAUGAAACAACAUGCAUCACCAAAGCCACGAUUGAGUAUGAGGUCAAGGAAGAAGCAGCUGCUAAUGUUUCAUUUGUUAGUAUUCAAACUUUUGUGACCAUAAUGGAAGCUGUUGCUAAGUAUCUAACUCAGCAGAAAGAUGGUCAAUAAUCUCCCCGAUGCCUUUGUUUCUGUUAAGCCCGUGAGGAUGUUAAUUCAUGAAAUUGCUUCAUACUAGCAGAAGACAGAAAGCUUGUCGGUAUUUGGGUAUUGAAUUUAGCUUGUACCAUUUGCCUCCUAGAAGGGGAAAAUGAAUAAAUAAGAACCUCACAAUCGCUGAUUAUUAGAAAUGGAAUAACUAGCAUCACAGGAUAGUAAUUAGCUGUCUA